AUGGCUGCUGAGCCGCUCUUGACCCCCUCCGGGGUCAACAACAAGAAGGUGGCCUACUUCUACGACUCCGAUGUGGGCAACUAUGCCUACGUCUCGGGCCACCCAAUGAAGCCUCACCGUAUAAGGAUGGCACACAGCUUGGUCAUGAACUAUGGCCUAUACAAGAAGAUGGAGAUAUACCGUGCCAAACCUGCUUCCAAAUACGAGAUGACCCAAUUCCACACGGACGAGUACAUUGACUUUUUGUCGAAAGUUACCCCCGACAACAUGGAUAACUUCUCGAAGGAGCAGAGCAAAUACAACGUGGGUGAUGACUGCCCGGUUUUUGACGGUCUGUUCGAAUUCUGCGGGAUCAGCGCCGGCGGCAGUAUGGAGGGUGCGGCGCGGCUCAACCGCAAUAAAUGUGAUAUCGCCGUGAACUGGGCGGGUGGCCUGCACCAUGCCAAAAAGAGCGAGGCUAGUGGCUUCUGCUACGUAAAUGACAUUGUCCUCGGAAUUCUCGAGCUUUUGCGCUUCAAGCAGCGCGUUCUUUACGUUGACAUCGAUGUUCACCAUGGCGAUGGUGUCGAGGAGGCCUUUUAUACCACGGACCGCGUCAUGACCGUUUCUUUCCAUAAGUACGGCGAGUACUUCCCCGGCACCGGCGAGCUACGCGACAUCGGUGUUGGACCGGGCAAAUACUACGCUGUGAACUUCCCUCUUCGCGAUGGCAUCAAUGAUGAGUCUUACCAGAGCAUCUUCGAACCCGUGAUCAAAAGCGUCAUGGAGUGGUACCGCCCUGAGGCGGUUGUUCUGCAGUGCGGUGGCGACAGUCUGUCGGGUGAUCGGCUAGGCUGCUUCAACCUGAGCAUGCGUGGACAUGCCAACUGCGUCAACUACGUCAAGAGCUUUAACCUGCCCACCCUGAUCCUUGGUGGCGGUGGCUACACCAUGCGCAACGUGGCACGUACAUGGGCUUAUGAGACGGGUAUUCUCGUUGGAGAGGGUCUGGGAUCCCACCUGCCAUUCAACGAUUACUACGAGUAUUUCGCUCCCGACUAUGAACUGGACGUCCGUCCCUCCAACAUGGACAAUGCGAACACAAGAGAGUAUCUGGACAAGAUUCGCAACCAGGUGGUCGAGAAUCUCAAGCGCACUGCUUUUGCUCCUUCGGUCCAGAUGACGGAUGUGCCGCGUAACCCGAUGGUGGAGGGUAUGGAUGACGAUGCGGACGAUAUCCUUGAUGAUCUGGACGAAGAUGAGAAUAAGGACAAGCGUUUCACCGAGCGACGAUUUGAUCAAUUCGUCGAGAAGGUUGGUGAACUCAGCGACAGCGAGGAUGAGGAAACAAGCGCUGCCAACGGUGUUCGUCGCCAGCCAGGUGCUGUUCGCCGCCGCAACAUAGCCAACUACCGCAACCUGGAUACCCUUGAGUCUGGUAUGGACAGCGGCAUUGCGACCCCGCAGGAAGCCUCGUCUGUUGCCGAUGGGGAUGUUGGCACCGGUCUUGACACCAAUAUGACUGACGCUCCACGAACUGAGCCCGAAACCGGUGCUGCUCCAGAUUCAGCAGAGUUAACCUCGCAGGCUGAAGGGACCCCGGCCGAUGCUGACCGUAUGGUCGUCGAGAGUGAAGGUCCGACUGCGAUCUCCCAGCAGCCCUCCCCUCCUCAGAACGAUGAAGACAUCAAUAUGGAUGAUGCCGGUCCUGCGACUACCGAGGGAGCUGCUGAUACUGCCGAACCCAAGGAGGAGAAACCGGCUGGCGAGGUCUCGUCCACGCAACCUACCUCUCCUCCGCACGCCCAGUCUCCUGCAAAGGACGUCUCCGAAGCAGCGGCAGAGAAGACCGAACCCGCUCCCGGUGCAGAAACCGAAGCUUCCAAGGAGACCGCUGUCGAGGAAGUGGCCACCAAGCAGGAGGAAUAA